AAAGCAUGAUUCGUUAUUACGUGCGCAAACAGCAAAAUUCAGAAGUUGUUGUCGUAUUUGAAACUAAACAACAUAUUUUUUGCAAAUUCUUGUUCACUAUGUGUGUGGCAUAGUCAAUUAAUUGCAAUUGUAUGCAAUUUUUGAAUUUCGCGUCAAGCAUUUUGAUUUGAGUCAGUAGCUUAACAGAGAUUCAUCAAGCUUAAAAAUCGAUCCAAAGAACUAACAUGAAAAUAAUUCUACUGCUUACAUGUUUUAUUUCUGUGGCAUAUUGUACGCUUAUUAUAAUUAGAAGAGGCGAUGAUAAACUCUGGGAAGAGUACAAGAAUCAUUUCUCGAAAAAAUACUCAGAUCUGGAUGAUGCGUUAAAAAGGCCCAUUUUUGAUAAAGCUCUGCAAGAAAUGUGGGAACACAAUAAAGGAUACCACAAGGGUGAACAAUCCUUCAGCAUGGGACUUAAUCAUUUCUCUGAUAUGACUGAUGACGAAAUUAAUGCUUUAGCUUCAGGAUUGGAAGACAAAAUGGAGUGCAACAAUAAGAGUUUACUGUACUCACCUCCAUCCAACCAUCCAAUACCUGACGGCAUCGACUGGAAUAAAAGAGGAUACGUCACAAGAGUUAUGAAUCAAGGUAGGUGUGGUGCCUGCUGGGCUUUCUCUGGAGUCGCUGCUUUGGAAGGGCAAUUGAAAAGAAGACAUGGAAAAUUGGUAAAACUAAGCGAGCAGCAAUUGACGGAUUGCUCAACAUUAACAGGUAAUAGCCAAUGUGGCGGUGGUCAGAUGUGCCGAGCAUAUGAGGCUGCAAUUGUGCAUGGAGGAAUCGACACAGAAGACUCUUAUCCAUACGAAGAUAAAGGUGGAGAUUGCAGGUUUUCACCGGAAAAUAUUGGCUCCCCUAUCAAAGGAUAUUUAGAGAUACCCUAUGGAGAUGAACAUGCUCUGUUAAUGGCUGUGGCUCUGAUUGGACCUGUAGCUGCUGGAUUAGAUGGAUAUCGGCCAAAAUUUCGACACUACAAAAGUGGAAUCUAUGACGAUCCAGGAUGUAGCAACACAACUUUAGAUCAUGCUCUAACAAUUACUGGAUACGGAACUGAAAAUGGAAAAGAUUACUGGAUUGUGAAAAAUAGUUGGAGUACACGCUGGGGUGAAGACGGAUUUGCAAAAAUGGUACGAAACAAACACAAUCAAUGUGGCCUGGCAAGUAGGGCUCUCUUCCCAGUAUUAGAUGCAAAGCCGGAUGGAUCACCUGUACUAUUAGGACCUAGAGCCAUGUAAUCUGACCACAAAGAAGAGUGCUUGAUUUAUUGAAUUUAAUCUACCAAUUCAAUAGUAAUUAAAACUAUGCCUAUACUAAAGCAUGUGUAAUGUGCAUACAAGUUCUUAUAAUAUUGUCAGAUGCCAUAUGAACUUCAUUGCGGAUACUUCGGGGUUUGAUGAAGUUUAAUUUAUUUUAGAAAGUUUCAUGUUGCAUAAAAUUUUAUUGUAAGAAAUUUCAUUGUAUCAUAUACUCAAAAAAUACAAUUAUUAUUUAAUAAUACAUAGAAAUAUUACUUUUAUACUAUUAUACAGUAAUAGAUGUAUACAGAAAAUUUUAGAAAUAAAAAGAGCAUAGUGAAUAAGUUAUUGGUGUAAAAGUAUUUUUCGAAUUUAAAUUUUGUUUAAAGAAGUG